AUGGCAGUUAAGAUGGGAAGGCUCUAUGGCACUCAGCUUCUCUGCGUCUCAUUGCUCUGUAUUGUAGCUUCAAUUAUUUCUGUGACAGAGGCAGAAAUUCUGAGCUUCAGUUUCCCUCCUCAAAUGGGUUUGCUGAACAAGGGGGAUGCCUAUUUUCAGAGCAACAAUCUUAUACAACUCACCUCAAAUCAGAGCUCUACCUCUGGGCUGGUGAUCUGCAAUAGAUCAAUUCCACUGUGGGAUUCUUCUUCUGGGGCUCUGGCAAAUUUCUCAACACAUUUCCAAUUCAUCAUCAGUAAGCAAGAUCAAAUCAAUCUCUAUGGAGACGGAAUGAUGUUCUUCUUGGUUCCUUUCGACUUAUCCAUGGAACCAGUCGGCGACUAUUUUGGUGUAUUUAACGAUGAAGACUAUGGUGCCACGCCCUUCGAUGUCGUCGCUGUGGAGUUCGACACGUUCCAGGAUGAAUGGGAUGUGGACGACAAUCAUGUCGGAAUCGACAUCAAUAAUGUCCUCUCCACUACUUUCCAGCGGGUGAGCUUAGAAAGUUUAAGCGAGCGGCCGGAGGAAGAAAAUCUCAAGAAUGGGGAAAAAUGGGACGCCUGGGUGGAUUAUGACGGCGGAUCAAAGAUGCUGAAUGUAUUCCUUUUGCAUAAUCCCAAAGGUCAGUCUGAUAUUUCCAAGCCUCAGAGCUCUAUCCUGGAGUCUCUAAUAGAUCUUCGUUCCUUUCUUCCCAUGAAUGUCAAGGUGGGUCUCUCGGCCUCGGCUUCUUCUAAUGCACAGACCCACACAGUUUUUUCUUGGAAUUUCUCUUCUCAAUACUCAUGGGAGAUUUCAGCCCCGAAUUCAAGCCCAAAUCCAAAUCCAAGCCCAGACCCAAAUUCAAGCCCAAAGGCAAGUGAACCAGAUAGAAUCCUCAAAUCAAAACCAAAGUAUUCGGCAGCUGUGAUCAUUUUGUUGUGUUUCUUUGCGAGCAUGUUUGUCAUCAGCAGUUCUAUGUAUGUGGGUAGACGGUGGUGUUUCAGAAAAGGAAAGAUUAGUGAUGAGGAGAGCGAUAAGGAGCUUGACGAAUGGUUUUCUCAGGGGCCCCGCAGAUUCUCCUAUGCUGAACUCGCGGCUGCUACCAAAAACUUCAGAGAGACUGAAAAGCUGGGUGAAGGAGGCUUCGGAGGCGUCUUCAAGGGCAUCUUGCCCGGCACAAAUGAACCAGUGGCAGUGAAGAGAUUAGCCAGGGGGUCAAAACAGGGGAGAAAUGAAUAUGUUUCAGAGGUUACUGUAAUCAGUAAUCUGAGGCACCGUAACCUUGUGCAGCUUUUGGGAUGGUGCCAUAAAAAGGAGGAGUUGCUUCUGGUCUACGAGCUGCUCCCUAAUGGAAGCCUGGAUCAAUAUAUUUCUGGGGAGAAAAAGAUGGUUCUUGGGUGGAAACAGAGGUAUGGCAUUGCCUGUGAUAUAGCCUCUGCUCUUGCUUAUCUUCAUGAAGAUUGGGAACAGCGGGUGGUGCACAGAGAUGUGAAAUCUAGCAAUGUAAUGCUUGACUCCAAUUUUAAUGGGAAGCUAGGGGAUUUUGGUCUGGCUCGACUGAUAGAGCGUGGUGGUGAGGAUUCCCAUACGACUGUGGUUGCAGGGACUAUGGGCUAUUUGGCACCAGAGUGUGUAGUCACUGGAAGAGCGAAUGCAGGAGCAGAUGUGUACAGCUUUGGGGCUCUGGUCUUGGAAAUUGCAUGCGGACGGCCGCCGGUGGAUCGGACUCUAACAGAAGCUGACAGUAGAUUGGUGAAAUGGGUUUGGAAUUUUUAUAAAAAGGGGAAGAUUUUGUGUGCUGCGGAUUUAAAAUUAUGUGGGAAUUUCAAUGCUGAGGAGAUGGAAAGGCUGAUGUUGGUGGGAUUGCUCUGUUCUCAUCCGAAUCCUGAUUCAAGACCUUCAAUGAGAGAGGCUAUUAAGAUCUUGAAACUUGAAGCUGAUUUGCCAAAAGUUCCUCUCAAUUUCCCUGUGCCUGUGUAUGCCGAUAUUCUUACCUCGCCUUCGAUAUCAUCGAACAGCUCGUGCGUCGAGAAUACAUAUUUUCCCUCGGCUUCGAUAUCAUCAAACAGCUUCGGGAAUACACAUUUUCCCUCGCCUUCUACGGCUUCAACGCGACCCAUGGACCCAUGGACUAUAUGGAGGCAAGGUGAUUUGUUCAGAUAG